AUGGUUCUGAAAUCGCAGGAGCUGGAGCAUCUCCACGUGGCAUCGGCCUUCGCUGCGCCGCAAUCCGUGUGCCCGUCCUGCGGCGACACGUCUUGCGGCGGGAAAUGCGCUCACCACUGCUGCUGCGGAUGCGGCUGCGACGCUCGCCAGCAGCAGCACCCGCGCGAAUUCAUCUUCGAAGCGUGGAUGCGCCACGUUGGAUCGCAUCUCAAGUCGCUCGUCCUCUCCCGAGCUCUCCAGGGCGCCGCCGCGUCGCACGCCGCAGGAGACGCCGCAACAACGGUUAACGUUUGGGAGAAUGAGGAUCUCAGCUUGCAUCUGCGCCACGUGGCGAAAUACUGCACGUCGCUGCGAUCGCUCUCUCUGGGUUCGCUCUCGCUGUCGUCGUCGCUCCUCUCGUCGCCCACCGCUCGCCUUCCGCCCAUGCGACACCUGGAGCACCUGUCGCUUUCAUGGAUUCACGCGUCCAAUGAGAGCCUCCAGGCCAUCCUCGACGCGGCUCCUAACCUCCGCCGCCUCUCAAUUUUCAUGGCCACGGGCAGCCCGCGGAUAAAUCUUCGCCUGCCCGCCACACUGGAGCAUGUCGAGCUGGCGUAUAUGCGCGCCGAGUCGUGCACGCUUUCGAACGCGCGCUCCCUCCGCUCGCUCUCCGUCCGCGAUAUGUUCAUCCGCUCCGUCCAGAUCCACGGCGCUUCGGAUCUGCGCCACGUGGCAGUCGCGAGCGCGAGUCUGCUGGAGAUCACUGCCCCGGAGUCGGCUAAAAUCUCGUCGCUCAAUCUGAAAGCGGGGUCUUUCUGUUGGACGGCGAUGCAGACGCUCGUUCAAUCCAACGGCUCAGAACUCACCUCCCUGUCACUCGACUUUUUCUCGGCCGGUUUGGGUGCCCUUACCUCGAGCAUCUUCUCCCUGACCUGGCUCGCAGCUAUGUGUCCGAACCUGAAGGCGCUCAGCUUCGGCGCGCUGCCGUGGCAGCUGGUUGUGUCUUGGGCUGUAGCGUCGGGGGCGCUUCAAUCCGCUGGCGCUGCUACACCACAUUUCAAGUCCAUCGCACUGCGCCAUUCGUAA